UGACAUCAACAAAUAUCAUAUCGCAAAUAGACACAAACUUUGCGCAGGAGCGAUAGAGAGCAAAGCGACGAUCGACAUAGUAAAAGAGCAACAACAAAUAUCCAACAAGAGCAGCAGUGAAAGAGCAACCAAGCAGCUGAUGGCCAACAAAGCGGCAACAAGAAAAAUUCAGAAACUCAUGCGAAAAAUAGCGUUAAUAUGCUUUUAGUUCGAGACAGAGGUAGCGUUCAAGGCAUACUCGUAGAAGCCAGCCGGUUGACGGAAAUCGUAUAUGCAUUACAUAUAAAAUUGUUGUACACCCGUACUAUGGGUUUAGUUCCUCACCUAACGUAAACGCAACUAGUCACAACCAAAGUGAAUGUUACUCACACGAUAAACACGAGCGACCAACCGAUGGAGACAGUUUGAGUUUGUGAAUUACAAAGAAUAAUUUAAACUAAACGAAUACAAAUUCAAAAAAAAAAAAACAAGUUUAGCAAAGUUUUCGAACGAACCAGAAAUCAAAAACGCCUUGAUUUUAAUAUAAGAUUAUUAUAAAAUAAGUGGCUCAACAACCAUUAGCCAUUCACGGUGACGGUUGUUGGCAGUAAAUAAUUGUAGCUGAAGAGCGGCAAAGAAUAAACAACAACAGAGAAAACUAGCUUAUAAAAACGGUUAUGCCGAGUGUAUAGUUAAGCUUCAUUGUAAAAAAAAUAAAAACAGGUUGCUCAUAAACUGAAUGUUCAUAUUACGAACAUAAACGCAAGCGAGUAUCAGAAGAAAAAAUCAAUAGCGCGCUAACAGUUCGAACGAAACGACGUAAAAAACGACAUUCCAUUGAAAGGGAAAACAGUUAAUAGUUAAAUACUUACUAAAGCAUUGAAAACCCCAUUAAAAAACGUGACAGAAAUGAUAGCAAGACAUGUCUCGGUUUGCCACAUGCUAACUGGCGCGAUGCUAGUAUUGCUAGUCUGUGGCACACCUGCCAAAGCAGCGCCAAUGGGUGAAGCAGCAACAAAAGUGCAUGGAAUCAGCAACAACAAUGGCACUUUAGAAAUUGGCAAAAUCGGAUAUGAUCAUGCCAACAUAACACCUACUGGAUUUUCUUCUACAGAUGUUCAGCCGUAUGCUAGCACCGAAGUCGAAACAGAAGCCGAAACGGCGACCACUUCGUUGCCCAUAACUAUCAAGGAAAUGGCUUUAACUGAAGUGGCAGUAGUGACUGAGUUGAAGGGCCGGGACCAGCAAGUGAUCGCGCGUGAACUUGCUAAUGAAGUCGCGUCAAUGAAAGACGUGACAGUUGACGAUAGCGAUUUUGUUGCUGCAACAACAUUUGGGACGAAUUUUCCCCAUCAAAUGCAUACCGCGACAACAACUAUAACAAUAUCACCAGCAACAGAAACACCGAUAGUCCCUUCGGGAGCAACUGAAAGCCCGGCGAUUUUAGGUGAAUUGGUGAGAGCAGCCGCGGCGGCAAAUGAGAUUUUAGCAGCUGCUUUAAACGUCGCAACAAUGGCAGUCUCUAAAAUUAACAUUACCACGCCUGCAACUAAGGUUGAUGUAGCUAACCUACCAACCACAUUGCAACCAAAAGCGGCACCAAACACCACAUCUGCUGACAAUCAUGAGCAAGUAAAUUACAGUGAAGGGUUGCUGGAAACUACUGAAGUUAAUAAAUGGCAACAUAACGAUGUUGAGAACACAGAAGUAAACACUGCGAUACCAAAUUAUACAACUCCGCCACUGGGAAAGGAGAAUAAAGCAUUUGGCGUAAGUGUUUCAGCUGAGGUCAACCAUAAAAAUUUGCCUGUUAAAGAGUUAGAGAGAAUACGCGAAAACCAGACAACAAUACCAAUUGAUAUUCAGAAAACACCAGCCGAAUCAAUAACAAAGUCAGCACCCGAAGAAGCUACAGAUUUAACCGAUACGGAUCAUGAAGUUUCCGAAUCAAUGAAUAUUGAAAAAACAAAAGAGUCUCAAGAAUCUUUAGCCUUAUCUCCGCCAAGGAGUAACAAAAAUUUUGGAACUUCAACUACAGACGCCGAAAAUUUAGUAAUAAACAUCAUCGACAACAUCGCGAUACAAACAGAACCUGCUGUAGAAUCAACAAUUUAUGUAGCAUCGAUAACCACAGAAAAGGUUAAUGGAACUACAGAAACUGAAGACCUGAAGCAAGUGCAACAAGACCAAUCUUUGCGAGAAACUGGAGAGAAUGCGACAGAAUAUGCAGUUAGAACAACAACUACUGAAUCGCUGGAAACACUUAUUGCCGUGGAAAGCGAAGCGCAGGUACCAAAUAAAAUUGAUUUCGUAUCUGAGAAAGAGGUGUUAGAAACUAUAACUACUAUAUCCGAACCCACAACAAUUGAGGAUAGUAGUUCUAAUAUAUUAUCAAUUGCUUCCGCAUCUAUUUUGCCAACAAACAAAACAAUAACUGCUACAACAAUAGAGCGUUUAACUGAUGAAAAUCUGACAACUGAGACAGAAACAAAUCAACAAAUUAAUUAUACAACAAUAGCGCCAGUACUUGUAAUUACAACAACAGGAGUUUUAGAGGAGGAUAUGUCAUCUACAGAAUCGUCAGACGUUAAAACCAGUAUAUUAGAAACGGAUAACAUUGCAGCUACGGAACAAAGUGAAAUGUUGGUGGGUGAUAUACAGCAAACGACAACAUCAUCUAGUCCAACAUUAACUUCAGACAGCAUAACAGAGACAUCCGAUGAACAACAGACAGAACGAUCAGCAAAGGAAACAACAACAGUCUCUGCGGGAGAGUUGUUCACAUCAUUCGAAAAAGAUGAAGAAACAGCACAAAACUCACUAGAGGCUAUAAAGACAACUACAAACUUCAUUGAUGGAGAAAUCACUGGAACAGGAAUACCGUUGGAAGAAAAUAUCUCCACACAGAGCGAAAUAUCUCCUACAGAAGCAAGUAAAAAUCUAGCAAAUUUCAAAGUGUUCCCUAAUGGUGCACAACAAACAACAACAGAAGACAUAACGACCUUGAGAAAUAAUGCGGAAACAACAACUUACACUACCAAGGCGCCGGCAACGCAACCGUCAGAAAUGGAUGACACAAAAACAGGAACGACAACUGAGAUACGGGAAACAAUUACAGCUACUACUGAAGAAGAGCUAAGCACUACCAUAAAAACCGCAGAAAAUAAGCUUGAUUCGGAGGAUGUUGCUGAAUCAGAAGCGAGGGCAGCCGCUGAAGUUGAAGAGAAGCCACUCUAUACGAGCACAGUGAACGAGCAGCUGCAGCAGCAACGAGUGGUAAACGAGAGUGACAGCGCAAAAACUACCACGAACACUAUCGUAACAACUGAAGAAAGUGCAAUAGAAGACGCGGAUGCAGCAACCAGUACAACUACUGCAGAUAUAAUAGCAACAACAACAAAUCUAAUACCUGAGGUAGAUGUAACAACAAUUAUUUUAAGUACUACUCCUGAACAAUAUAUCACCACAACAACAACAACCACUUUGUCCCCAAUGAGUCUAAUUGUAGCCGAGCAUGAAGCGCGUUCCCUCGACAAGACGCCACCGCGAGUUAGUCGGAUUGUCAAUGAAGAUGGUGUCGAGGUGUUGACUGGCUACUCCAUAGUACAUCAGAGGAAAGCAGCGGCCUUGGCGGCAUUGGCAACGGACGGUGCGUAAUGAAAUAGUGAAAAACCUAGCAUCUGGUUGCGUGAGAGUCUAGAACUGAACUUUUAUUUACAUACCUACUAAAAAAGAAAACAUCGAAAAGUCUCACUUAACCUUAUAAAUAUACAAGCACGUCUAAAGAUUGGUUCAUUAACAUAAGAACAGCAACAAUAAUUAAAUUAUAUCCGGUUGUGGUGGAAUCUCUGGUAAGCCAUAACAGUGCUAUUUUGUUUACAUGAGCUAUUCAUAAUGUAUAAAUGUAUGUAUACGUAUGAAUAUAAAAUAAAACUAUUUUAAGAUUAUUUUUUUUUGCCAAAUGUGAUACCGAAAAAUGGAACUACAUACCAUUUAUACCACUCAUGCCUACAUUUAUGUAUGUAUUAUAGCAUAUACACAUGUUUUUGUCAUUAUUAUUGUCAUAUCGAAAAGCUCGUAACAAAAGUCAAACACGGGCAGCAUCCUCAAUGACAUCUGUUAAAAUUAAAAAUUGCAGCUAUGCAGGCAACAAGUUUUCUUUCAUCAAUACUUGAUAAUGUUAACAAUUAUAAUAAUAAACUAUUAAAUUAAAUGUUAAAGCAUACUUAUAUGUUUAUUAAAACAUUGCAAAAUACCGGAUAGACUUUUGGUUGUAAAAAAUAAUCAAAUUUUGUGCGAAAACCUCUUCAAUGCAUCCAUUAAUAUUUGUACACAUUUUAGGCGAGCACCAGUUUACUAUUUGGUAUAUACAUUUAUUAUACACAAUUCAAUUUAGCAAGAAAAAAAUCAUGGUUUUAUUAAUUUUCUUCAGCACUUUGGAGACAUUAUUUGAUGUAUUUUUUGUUUUUCGUGAAUAUUUACAUAUUUUCAUAUUUCAUAUGCCUUGCAAAAUUAUUGCGACGAACUCGUUUUGCAUAAUCGUUUAUUAAACAACGAUCGUUAUUUCUGUUAUUCGUAUAAACCCAUUAGGAAAUGAUACGGUGCUGUUGAAACCUUUUAGUUAAUGUUGCUUGGUUUUUCCUAGAAAUCUUACAAAAUAUUAAAUGUCAUUUCUUUAAGACAAUAUAGUUGAAACAAAAUUAUUUUGUUUAAGGUUUAAUCGCACACCAAUUUAGCGUCCUUAUAUGUAUAUGAGUAAGAAUGCCUUUGAAACUUAUAAAUGACUCCAAAAAAAAAAUGAAAUAAUAUAUGUAUAACGGAAAUAAGGAAAAAUUUUUACACGAGUAGAAUCAAACUAUCGAAACCUAAUCACGCCGUUUUUGGACUCUGUGAAUCGACUUCAAUAUGCAGACUUAACAAAGACAAAAUCUAACAUGUACAUACAUAUGUACUUGUAGGUAUCCAAAGAUAAAACAGCGCCAUUACGAAAUUUUGUUUGCAACUAAUAUUAUAUUAUAUAAUGAAUUAUAAAGGAAAAUUCGGUUUCAGAAGUAAA